GUGUUGACCAUUCAAGGACAUUACAAAACAAGUGAAGAGAAUAUCUAGGUGCUACUUGAGAUUGUACUAGUACAAAUAUUUAAAUAUAAAACAUGGCUCCAGGAGGUGGUGUCUACCAGGACAUUAUUGAGUCCCGCACUGCAUAUGCUGAUUAUGGUAUAGCACCUGCAAAUGGGGAGUUAAGUUCCCCUUUCAGAAAAUCUGCAACUGUUGUUGGUCGGAGGCUUGGUAUGGCGUCAAAUAGCUCUGUGCAUGAGCUACUUGAGUGCCCUGUUUGCAUCACUUUAAUGUACCCUCCCAUUCACCAGUGCCCAAAUGGCCACACUUUAUGUUUGAACUGCAAGGCGAAAGUACAAUGUUGCCCAAUUUGUCGCCAAGAGCUUGGAAACAUAAGGUGCUUGGCUUUGGAGAGAGUUGCAGAAUCGCUAGAACUGCCAUGCAAAUACCAGAUUUUGGGUUGUCAAGAGAUAUUCUCAUACCACAACCAGCCCAGGCACGAGCAGAAUUGCAGGUUUCGCCCAUAUAAAUGCCCUUAUGCUGGAGCUGAAUGCUCUGUCACUGGUGAUAUCCAGUUACUGGUUUCUCAUCUCAAGGACGAUCACAAGGUGGACAUGCACAAUGGGUGUACUUUCAACCACCGAUAUGUCAAAACCAAUCCCCAAGAAGUUGAGAAUGCUACAUGGAUGUUAACUGUUUUCAACUGUUUUGGCCACCAGUUUUGCUUGCACUUUGAGGCUUUCCAACUUCAAAUGGCACCUGUCUACAUGGCCUUCCUGCGCUUUAUGGGUGAUGACCAUGAUGCAAAGAAAUUCAGUUAUAGCUUGGAAGUUGGCGGAAAUGGCAGGAAAUUAACAUGGCAAGGAGUUCCCAGGAGCAUUCGUGACAGUCAUACUACAGUUCGAGACAGUCUAGAUGGGCUAAUUAUUCAGAGAAGCAUGGCACUCUUUUUUUCUGGUGGGGAUAGGCAGGAGCUGAAGCUAAAAUUAGCCGGCCGUAUAUGGGAAGAACAGGCAUAAGGUAAAAUUGCUAUAAAGACCCUAUGGUGGUUAUUUUCUAAAGAAAGAAACACUUACAUUUGGUUUAUUUUGCAACUCCUUGAGGGUUGUGGGGCAUUCAUGCGUUUCCCUGUAAAUGUUUUAGAUAUUUACAGCUGGGUAGUUUUUGGUGCUGAUUCUGCUUUGAUACAGAAUCCGGUUUGAGCAUCUGAUCUUAUGGUGUAUGAUUCACAGGACCCCCCUUUUA